CCCAGAACAACGACAAGAGUCAAGAUGUCAGGAAAAAGAAAAAGAGGCAGAGAUACGUUUGCUGAAGAUCCGAUAGAAAAGCCAGUACCCAGUGCCAAACCUAUAAGUGCAAUUGCUGCAGCACGUCUCCAGUUGGAGGCGAAACUUCAGGCACAAAAUGCCCCCAUCAAAGAUGUCGGCGCGCUCGAGUCGGCCACAAGCCCCAUGGUCGAAGCAACAUCCGACUUUUCGGAAUCUGAACUAGAAGAAGACGAUCUCGUUCCACUCGUACACCAAAAUUUCAAACUAUGUUCAUGGCGCAGAAUUUCGGAAAACAUCUUAUCUGACACUGAGUCUGAGCUGGCUAUAAUACUGGAGAAGCAUCAAACCAUCUCAUUUGUAGGUUGUUUCGAUCUCAAAGUCUUGAAAGGCGCCGUGAACGUCAAUGGCGCCAAUAUUGGAGCUGUACCUCGCGCGAAAGACACUGCGAAGGAAUACAGAGUAUAUGUUCCAUCCACACAUCCAAUCACCAAGAUCAGAGGCUUGGAUCGUACAAGUCAUGUUCAAUUUGUGAGCUGUCAGGAGCCAACUCUACUCGAAUCCACCGGCCCGUUAUUUGCUGGAAUUUGGGCGACACCAAAGGACAAAGGGAGAUCAUUCGAAUACAUUCAAGAGUCAGAUGCAGACCCUUUAAAACGUGCUCUGGCCCCUGAGAUUGCCCCAGAGGAAUGGAUUCGCAAUAUUGAAGACAUCUCUAGCGCGUCUUCUGUGUCUAUUGUCAUAGGAUCCUCUCUUUGCGGAAAGUCGACAUUUGCAAAGAGGCUGCUAAAUCGCUACCUCACUGGCUUUGGAAAGACCGCGAAAGCUGUUCCAUCUGUCUGUUACCUUGAUCUCGACCCCAGCAAGCCAGAAUACACUCCCCACGGCCAAGUCUCACUUACGAACGUGCGGGAAGUCAACCUCGGGCCUGCAUUUACGCAUCCGAUUUCAAAUCCCGGGGGUACCGGCAAAAACGAGACAGUCGCCGCUCACGCGCUUCCAAUGCAAGAAUUGGCAAACUACGAAGACUACUUCAAAUCAUGCGUCUCCGAUCUCUUCCAAGCCUACCGGGCUAUGCGAUCCAAAAACAUCAAUCUACCCCUCAUAAUAAACACCCCAGCAGACCUCUACUCGAUGCACUUCCCACUUCUAGAGUCGCUUCUCACUAACCUCAAACCCGGCAACAUCAUCCACCUAGGCAACACUUCUGCCAUUGACAUUGAGGCGGCCGAGAAACUCCAUUCCCUUUCCACCAUCUCCGCAAAACAAGGCAGCACCCUCUUCGAACUCCCCGCCCAACCCCCUCUCCUUCCACCCUCACGAACAGACGCCGAACUCCGCGCCAUGCACAUGCAGUCCUACUUCCACCUCUCCCCACCAGCAACAUCCUGGACCCCACAACCCCUCUCCACAACAACCCCCUGGCAAUUCACCUACGAAGAAACCCAAACCCGCACCCAAGACAUCCACAGCGUCCUCCUCCUCAACGACCCACCAGCGCCCUCGCAACUCGCCACCAUGUUAAACGGCUCAAUCGUCCACAUCAUCCGCACAACAAACCCACCUUCCCUCCAGCAGUCCCCCCAAAACGGAAAGAACGCCAUCGAUACCAACGGACUCGUCCCAAGGACAGCGAAAUACCGUAUCCCUUACAUUCCCGCAAACCAAACAUCCCAUGCCCCGCUAACCCCACACCCACAAUCCACUCGUCUCCUCUGCACCGCCCUCAUCCACUCUUUCGACCCCGCGUCCCGCGUCGUCAACCUCCUCGUGCCAACCACGCAUGACGCUCUCCUACACGAGAUAGAUCCCAGCGGUGGUACUGCGACGGUGUUGGUAGGCGGGUGCUGCGAUCUACCCGAGUGGGCGUACGUCGAGGACGCGCAUGUAGCACUGGCGGAUGGGAAACGCAGGGUCAGCGAGGCGGUUGGGGGCUCGGGGUUGUCUAGGGGGGAGGAGGACGUUGCUAUGGAUGGGGUUAGUGUCGGGCCGUGGGUUGAGCGGAAGAGCGUUGUUGAUGGCAUGGGGUAUUUUGGGACCGUGAGGAGGGUUCGGAAGUUCCUUGGGUGA